UUUUUUGGGAAAGAUUUUUUUAUGUUGCUAUAUAUACAUCAAUUGUAUGGUUCCAGGUCUUGUUAAGUGAAGCUACGGCUGUACUUCACUGUCGGGUAAACACAGGUUUGCCGGAGACUGCAUGGACGUCAUCGGAAAAUUCAUACUGUCUGGAUUGUUUUAAGGUGGGGAGACGGGAAGGGCGAAAGGCGAAGCCUUUUUCUGGAUCGGAUUCGAAAGAAAAUGGGAGUGAAGAAGGUCGGUACAGUUUGCCUCCAAUUUCCUCAGCCAUCUGUUCGUCAACCAUCGUCCUCUCCUCAAAAUCUUCCUUCCAAAAUUCCAUCUAUUUCCCGUCGCCGAAGUCGUUGCGGUGACGGAGGUCUCGUGAUCCGGCAUGACCAGAGAUUGGACCGUUCAGCUUUCUUCGGAACACAGCUCUAUAGGACUAGAUCCUGCGAGCUCCCAAAAUCCAGAACCAAAACCAAAACCAAAACCAUCCGGCGAGCUUGCAGCGCCAGCCUGGACGCAUUCUUCGACGAAGAGUUCACAGAAAAGAUUCGAGAACUGGCCAUGAAAUUCGACUUAUCCAACGACGAUGACGAGAUUUCAGACGACGCCACAGAACCAGAAAUUGUCUCUGACUUGACGAGCAGUUGCCGGAGACCGUUCGAUCCUGUAGAGCCGCAGGACUGGACGGCGAGGGCGGAGAUAAUUCCGGCGGAUAUUGAGCGGAAGGCCAAUAGCGUCGACCUUCCGUUUUCCCUUCGGAUCCUAAAGAAGAAGAAGCAAGGGCAAGAGGGCGUCAGACAAGCCGGAGAAUCGGCUUGUUCUUCCGUCCAGAAGGCCUUCUCCUCCAUGGUUUUCAUAAUCCGAGAGAUCCAUAGCUUCACUCUGCAAAUGAGAGAGAUGCUAUCCUGCGAAGAUUUACGGGGAAUUUUGGUUCGCGUCCAGAAGGAAAUUCACGCCUCGUUUGUCUGGUUGUUCCAACGAGUUUUCUCGCACACUCCAACUCUCAUGGUCUACGUGAUGAUUUUACUGGCAAACUACAGCGUCUAUUCCAUGGCAAACAACCCCGCAAUGGCGGCGCAGCCGCCGCAGCAGCCCUACGCCGCCGCAACGGAGUCUGUCUCCCUAUUGGAAGAUCAGAACCAUAAGAACCAAAAGUUCGACGCUUCGUCAAUCAAGACGUACUCUCUGUCGUCUUCCACCGGUAAGUCCACCUCAGUCGGCGGAAACAAUGGAGGCGGCGGGAAAUCCCGGCCAAUCGCCAGUGGCACAGACGGCGACGGACGGUUUGACCACUCAGCGUCACUGAACUAUCACAGAACGGAAGCCGCAGAUGGAGCCGCCUCAGGUGGAAACGCCAUAACUGAAGAAGACGAAUCAGUGUCGGGACAAGCGGCGAGAGAAGAAGAGUUGAGACUGUGGAACUCAAUUGUAGAGGAAGCGGCCAAAAUGCAAGCGGAAUCAAGGGACUUGGCUUUGGAUCACGAAACCAUGCAUCGGUUUGUUUCGCCGGUGACGUCCAAGAUCGACGCCGACGACUAUGCAGACUACUUCCGAACAGAGCUCUCUUAUCGAACUUGUCUAGCUCAAGACCCUGAUAACACCCUCCUCCUGGCCAAUUACGCCCAGUUCCUCUACCUCGUCGCCCGUGACUACGAUAGAGCGGAAGAGUACUUCAAGCGGGCGGCAAAGGCGGAGACGCCGGACGCAGAGGCGCUGAGCAAGUACGCCGCCUUCCUAUGGCAGGCGAAGAACGAUCUCUGGGCGGCGGAGGAGACGUAUUUGGAGGCCAUUUCAGCCGACCCCAGCAACUCCUACUACGCCGCUAACUAUGCCAACUUUCUGUGGAACACCGGCGGCGAGGACACCUGUUUCCCGAUAGACGACGACGGCGGAGCAAACGACGACGCUUAAGUCGUAAAGGAAAUUAAAGAGAGAACUCACAAACAACAAACCCAUGCUUUGUUCAUCCUCCUCCCUGAUUCCAUAAUUUUGUUUGUUCUUCCUUCUUUCUAUGACGCAUUCACGCGGCGGACAGUGUAAUUAAUUAGAUCUUGUUCAUAUAUAAAAUUCCUUUUUAUUAUUAUUAUUAUUAUUU